AUGACUGAAGUUAAUAACAAGUCUGUUAUAAAUGAAGCAAUAGUUAAAGAUAAUAUCAGCGGAGCUGGGACGACCAAUAGUUAUCCGUCUCAAGAAUUAUGUGAAAGUAUUGUUAGUCAAGUAUUGGAUAAAAAAAUUCAGAUUUCUCUUAGCCAAUUACUGGAAAUAGUAAAACCCGAGAUUCAACAAGACAUUAUAAAUUCUAUAGGAAAUCCAUAUAUUUCUCGACAUACAUGCAUUCCAUUGAUGAAGAGGGUGGAAUUAGAGCGGGUGAUUGGCCUAGGUGCUGGAAUAUUUGGUCUGUCAUUUAUUACACCAUAA